AUGAGUUGUAUAUUCUUUGUAACCCCGAUGAUGAUCAUCGCAUGGUAUAUCACCGGUGCCAAGAUCGAUGAAGCCUAUGUCGUCGAGUUGAUACGCUUCAUGUUCAACUAUCAAAACCCCGAGAACGGUGGCUGGCCAACCUACCUGGAAGAAGAGCCUUCGCCGAUGGGGACGACUCUAGCAUACAUUGCAUUGCGGCUUGUGGGGGUACCCGGCCACGACGAGCAUCUCCUCAAAGCCCGGUCAUUCUACCUUAAACAUGGAGGAGCAGACCAUCUUCCGGGCUGGGCCAAGUUCUGGCUUGCUCUACUGGGGCUAUACAACUGGGCAAAUACUGAUCCCUACCCAGUGGAGAUGUGGCUCUUGCCCGAGUGGGUUCCAGUAAGUCCAUGGCAGUGGUUCGUAGCCACGCGCCAAGUCUACCUGCCCAUGUGCUACCUCUCGUCCCGAAGGUUUACGGUGCCCACCAAUGAUCUCUUGGAUGAAAUCCGGCUAGAGCUAUUUCCUCCUCAACCGUCUGUCAGAUUUGGGGCAUCUGAUACAGUCAAGGGCCUAUCUAAGCGCCACCAACCAAAAAGCUGGAUCCUGCAGACUCUGAAUUGGGCCCUUACGCAUGUGUGGUCCCCGUGGCUUUGUCCCAGUAAACUGAAGGAAGAAGCCGAAAGACGCACGUGGCAAAUCAUACAAGAUACAGACAGGGCUAGCUGUUCGACUGGGCUUCUUAGUGUCGACGCUUGA